AUGGCUUUGGUAAGAGGUCUCUUUAGUGCAAAGAAGAUUCUUGGUGGCUCUUUAGUGGGAACCAGGAAAGCAACUUCAGCACCAAGAGGGUUUCUUGCGGUGUACGUCGGUGAGAGCCAGGAGAAGCAAAGGCACCUUGUGCCAGUCUCAUUCUUGAACCAGCCUUCGUUUCAAGCUCUUCUCAGUAAUUCCGAAGAAGAGUUUGGGUUUGAUCAUCCAAUGGGCGGCUUGACGAUCCCUUGCCCUGUAGAUACUUUUAUCAGUAUAACUUCUGAGCUUCAGAGAUGAGGAUGAUCCAACAAAAUGACAUUAACAUUUGUUUUUAUUCUCAAACUAG